AUGCGAAGCGUGAGCGCGGCGUGUAUGCUGGGGGGCGCCAUCCUGCUGGCGGCCUCUGUCUCCUGCAGUCGUACCGUCCAAGGAACCAAUAGAACCUCUAAAGGAAGAAGUCUCAUUGGUAAGGUUGACAGCUCAUCUCAUAUCACUGGGAAAGGAGUUACCGUGGAGCCAGGCUUUUCUGUGGAUGAGUUUUCUGCCUCCGUCCUCACUGGAAAACUGACUACUGUCUUUCUUCCAAUUGUCUACAUGAUUGUAUUUGUGAUUGGUUUGCCAAGUAAUGGCAUGGCUCUGUGGGUCUUUCUUUUCCGAACAAAGAAGAAGCACCCUGCUGUGAUUUACAUGGCCAAUCUAGCCUUGGCAGACCUCCUCUCUGUGAUCUGGUUCCCUUUGAAGAUUGCUUAUCACAUACAUGGCAACAACUGGAUUUAUGGGGAAGCUCUUUGCAAAGUACUCAUUGGCUUUUUCUAUGGCAACAUGUACUGUUCCAUUCUCUUCAUGACCUGCCUCAGUGUGCAGAGGUACUGGGUCAUCGUGAAUCCCUUGGUGCACCCCAGGAAGAAGGCAAACAUUGCCUUUGGGGUCUCGCUGGGGAUAUGGGUGCUGAUUCUGCUGGUUACCAUCCCCUUGUAUGUCGUGAAGCAGACUGUCUACAUUCCAGCCCUUAACAUCACAACCUGCCAUGAUGUUUUGCCUAAGGAGGUGUUGGUAGGGGACAUGUUCAAUUAUUUCCUCUCUCUGGCCAUCGGAGUCUUUCUAUUCCCAGCCUUGCUCACAGCCUCUGCCUAUGUGCUAAUGAUCAGAAUACUCCAAUCUUCUGCUAUGGAUGAAAACUCGGAAAAGAAGAGGCAGAGAGCCAUCAAACUCAUUGUCACUGUCCUGGCCAUGUACCUGAUCUGCUUCACUCCUAGUAACCUUCUGCUUGUGGUACAUUAUUUCCUUAUUAAAACCAGGAGCCAGAGCCACGUCUACGCCCUGUACAUUGUAGCCCUCUGCCUCUCCACCCUCAACAGCUGCAUCGACCCCUUCGUCUAUUACUUUGUUUCACAAGACUUCAGGGAUCACGUGAAGAAUGCUCUCCUUUGUCGAAGUGUUCGUACCGUACGGCAGAUGCAAAUAUCUUUCACCUCAAAGAAGUCCUCCAGGAAAUCCAGCUCUUAUUCUUCAAGUUCAACCACUGUUAAAACCUCUUACUGAGUUUUUCAGGCCCUCCGUUGGUUGUUUU